AAAACAGUACGCCACCUUAGGUAGGUAGGUAACAGCUAGCGUACUAUUUAGCACGCUAGUGUGCUCCCGGGCUGUGUGAGCUGAAUGUAGUGGGAUUGGUCGGAAAAUGACGGUGGCUUGAUUGUCGGAGUUUGUUUUAUGCGAGGCUGCUGGAAUUUCGCUGCUCCUCCCGGUCAGGAAAAGUUAUCCAUUUUUUCUCUUGGUGCAAAUCGCCCGAACUUUGCUGUUUUUAAACCACAUUCCCAGAAGGGUGUCUCCGGAGCUCCUUGGUGUUGUUUGGGAGUAUCUUUCCCCCCAGGAUGAUAUUAGCGGACGAGCUACCUGGCUAGCCGUACUUAUUAGCUCGAUGCUAGAAGAAGCCAGCUAACGGGCUAGUGCAAUUAGCUUCAUGAGACCAGCUAGCACGAGCCGCGGUCAUAUCAUAUUGUCUGUUAUAGCUGGACAGCUAGAGUAGUGGAAGUGUUAAUUAGCUUAGCUUGUCUCCGCUAGGUUUAGCAGCGCUAACCAGGCUAGCAGGCAGGCUCUAUGCAGCCGGGUUAGAGGGGUAAGUUUGCUAGCAGUUUAGCUACCAGCUCGGAAAAGGCGACCGAAGGCUGGCUGCUGAAUAAUUAAAGAGGUUUAUUGACUCUGUGAUAAUGGAGUAUGUUCGGCCUAAUCGCGAUUAGGACAGCUCACUCUGCAGUAUGUGGUGUACUGGAGCCAGCAGUCCCGUCUGUGAGUGUAGGGUAUCGCUCCAUCACACUGCCGUCUCUUCUCCUUCCGUUCUGGCUUGAUGGCCGUCUCCGUUUUCUCAGCUGCCUUCUUCACGCCUCGGCGAUGAACGUACGCGAGGCGCACGCUUCUGUAACCGGACGCUUCUGAAUCACGAUUAAACAGGAGGACUUUGACAAGAAGAAGCAGCACCAGGUUCGGACCUCGUUCUCACCCGCCGACUAGACGGUCGCGCAGGACCAUGGCUUCGGUGUGGAAAAGACUGCAGCGUGUGGGAAAGCACGCAUCCAAAUUCCAGUUCGUGGCCUCUUAUCAGGAGCUCAUGGUGGAAUGUACAAAGAAAUGGCAACCAGACAAACUGGUGGUGGUGUGGACUCGCAGGAGUCGACGGAAAUCCUCCAAGUCUCAUAGUUGGCAACCGGGCAUCAAAAACCCAUACAGAGGAGUGGUGGUGUGGCCUGUUCCUGAGAACGUGGAGAUCACUGUCACCCUGUUUAAGGACCCUCAUGCAGAGGAGUUUGAAGAUAAAGACUGGACCUUCGUUAUUGAGAAUGAGUCUCCAUCCGGUCGGAGGAAAGCCCUGGCCACCAGCAGCAUCAACAUGAAGCAGUACGCGAGCCCCAUGCCCACGCAGACGGACGUCAAGCUCAAGUUCAAGCCUCUCUCCAAGAAGGUGGUUGCGGCCACGCUGCAGUUCUCACUCUCCUGCAUCUUCCUGCGAGAAGGAAAAGCAACAGAUGAAGACAUGCAGAGUCUGGCCAGUCUGAUGAGCAUGAAGCAGGCCGACAUCGGCAACCUGGAUGACUUCGAGGAGGAGAACGAGGAGGAUGAGGAGAACCGCGUCAAUCAGGAGGAGAAAGCCGCCAAAAUCACAGAGAUAGUCAGGCAGUUAAAUGCCCUCAGCAGUAUAGAUGGAGACGCAGAUGAAGGCCCAAAGCACGUCCUCAAAGCAGCCUGUUCUCCUGCAGAGUUAAUCAGUAAGCUGAACUUCCUGGAGGAAGACGAUCAGGAGCAAACCCUCACCAGCUCCAACCCCUUCGAGGAGGCGGAUGACCCGGUGAACCUCAACCCGUUCAGUGACCCCGACGAGGAGGAAUCAGGCCCGCCACCCCCUCUGGAGUCCACCUUAAAAGACGAGGACUCUGCAAAUCCACUGAAUCCGUUCGACGAGCCGGAGCCAGAGCCGGAGCCAAAUCCCGAGCAGCCCGAUUGUAAGAACCCCUUUGAUGAACCCGAGCCGGAGAGUUUACCCCCGAAAGGCAGCUCCAGGAAGAUCCCACGUCCUGUGGACAUGAGCAAAUACCUGUACGCAGACAGCAGCAAGACGGAGGAGGCCGAGGAGCUGGACGAAUCGAACCCCUUCUACGAGCCCAAGUCAGACAGUCCGGAUCAGUCCGCUACAGAAAGCAUGUUGAAGAACACUAAACGACGCGCUCCUCUGCCCCCCGCUGCCCCCUCAGUGACCCCUGUCAUUCCUAAUGACCCCAAACCAGCUGUGCCGGACAAGGUGUCCAUCCCGUGCCCCGCGUUAGGGCUGAGAGAGCUGGCCUCUUCGUCACCUAAGGCCAGCCCAGUGCCCAGUCCAGUAUUGGGAGGAAGGCCCAAUGCCAGUCAGUCACUGCUAGUCUGGUGCCGAGAGGUGACCAAGAACUACCGCGGCGUUAAGAUCACCAACUUCACCACAUCAUGGAGGAACGGCCUGGCCUUCUGUGCCCUGCUGCACCACUUCAGACCAGAUCUCAUUGACUACAAGUCUCUAAAUCCUCAAGACAUUAAAGAAAACAACAAAAAGGCGUAUGACGGCUUUGCCAGUCUGGGCAUCUCUCGGCUGCUGGAGCCAGCUGACAUGGUGCUGCUGGCGAUCCCGGACAAGCUGACUGUGAUGACGUACCUGUACCAGAUCCGUGCACACUUCAGUGGCCAGGAGCUGAGCGUGUUACAGAUUGAGGCCCAGGCCGGCCGCAGCACCUACAAAGUGGGCGACUUCCACACCGACACAGAAAGCUCUGUGGCCCACGACACCUUUUACGCCGAGCUUCAUAGCCAGACGCCGAAAACCCAUCCUGAUGGCGAAGGGGAGGAGUCGGAAGACAUGGGGCUAACAGAAACACCUCUGUGUACAUCCUCAGCUGCGACCAAAGCCAGCCUCGGUUCUUCCCGAGCCGACGCUCAGGGGGCGAAAGAGGAUACGAUUGAUACCAGGAGUGAGGGAGAGAAGGAAAAAGAAAGGGACGGUGUAGCUCCAGUGAGUGGAGCGCAACCACCAGCCUCUGUUUCACAUACACACGCACCCCGCUUCAGCUACAACCAAGAUGCUGACGUGAACACGAAGAGGAGCGUGAGACAGAACGAUGUGGACAGCACAAAGAAAGAGAGCAGCUCGUUACAGACCAACCAUACGGACACGUCCAAAAUACACACACAGGUCGCUGCGCCUGUCCCUGCGUCCACCGGCAACGAGAAGAAAGUACAGUCUCGUCAGGAGGAGCUAAAGGAGAGAGCUCGCCUCCUACUGGAGCAGGCUCGCAGAGACGCGGCCCUGAAAGCCAGGAACAAAACCGUCCCGAGCAGCACCUCACCUACACACACACGUCCGCCACAGGUCAUCGAUGAGCGUGACGAGGAAAGGCGCAGGCAGCUGAGGGAGCGAGCGAGGCAGCUGAUAGCAGAGGCUCGAUCAGGAGUGAAGAUGGCUGAGUUCCCUCUGCACUCAGACACCUCCACUUCUGCAGGAGAGUUCAAAGGAAGGUCAAAGGCAGCUGGAGACAUGGUGAGUAGGGUGUGUGUUGAUGGUGAGGAAGAGAGGGCUGAAGAAGAGCAAGUGGCACCGUCGCCUGAUGAUGAUGUUUAUGAUAAUGAGGAGGAGCCAGUGGCCUCUUGUCUGCUGGAGGAAGACUUUACUAACUCAGCUACUGACCUAGCCUCUCUGGGAGUGAUGAACAGCAGGCACGUGGACCUGAAGCUGAAGAAGUUGACAGAGGUCCGACCUCAGGGGGGAAGCUCACCGUCAUCGUCCUCUUCUUCCUCAUCCCUCACAGCAUCCAGUACAUCACCACUCAGCCCGGGAGACGAGAUCCACCUGGGCUUGCAGAAUAACAGCGAGGAGCUGAAGGCCGAGCGUCUACGCAGGGCGACAGAGCGUCUCCGUAGCCCCGUCGUCUUCAGUAAGGAAUCGGCCGUGCGCAAGACACAGCUCAAGUCCUUCAGCCAGUACGUGGAGAGUCGGCCAGAAGUGAAGAGGCAGAGGUCAGUGCCCGAGGAGCUGAAGCGAGCGGCCGAGGACAGGAGCGGUUUCUCCGAGGUGGAAAACCGAAAGCCGGCAGAAGACGAGAAGGCGUUCAGAGACACGAGUCAGUACGUGGUGGGCGAGCUGGUGGCUCUGGAGAGCGAGCAGAGGCAGAUCGACACGCGCGCCUCGUGUGUGGAGAAGCGCCUGCGCUAUCUCAUGGACACAGGGAAGAAUAAGGAGGAGGAGGAGGCCAUGAUGCAGGAGUGGUUCACGCUGGUGAAUAAGAAGAACGCUCUGAUCCGGCGCCAGAAUCAGCUCUCUCUGCUGGAGAGGGAGCAUGAUCUGGAGAGGCGCUUCGAGCUGUUGAACCGGGAGUUAAGAGCAAUGCUGGCGAUUGAAGAUUGGCAGAAGACCGAAGCCCAGAAACAUCGGGAGCAGCUGCUUCUAGACGAGCUGGUCAUACUGGUCAACAAACGCGACGCUCUGGUCCGAGAUCUCGACGCACAGGAAAAAGAGGCAGAGGAGGAGGAUGAGCACCUGGAGCGGACUCUGGAACAGAACAAAGGAAAGAUGGCUAAGAAAGAAGAAAAAUGUGUCCUUCAAUGAUUUCCAAAACAGACACUAAAACUUACUAAACUUACUACAGAAAAAAAAAAUAAGAAGAGUGUUUACUACAAUUUUGAGAAAUGUGUUAUUAUUACUAUUAUAAAGGAGCAUCGCAUCACUUAUGUUUAUUUCGGCUUUAGAUGAAAGUUUGGUCAACAUUUUUAGCCCAGGGCUGGUGCGUGUUAAUUCACUAAUGCCUUUGGAUUUCUUUAUACUGAAAGAUUACAUUUCACCAACACUAAUAGAUUCUUUUCUGUUUUGUUCGAUUGUGCUAAAAAAGGUACUUCUAUGUGAUAAAACAACCUUUUGGGGUUUUUUUUGUUUUGUUUUGUUUUUUAAAGAAGCGAAUAACCACGUCGGAGAGGAAGCUCCACGACGAUCCACUGACUUUUAAUGUUUGUUGUUUCAGACAGACGCGUAGCUUCAAUCAUACGAAUGUGUGUUAAUUUCCCAGUGGAGAUUAGGACUGAACAUUUUGAGGUACAACACAACAUUGUUUUAUAGGGGAUGUUUUGUUUUGUUUUUCCAUAAUACGGUUCCAUUUAUCUAUAAUAACUCGGCAUAUCCUCUUUUAUUCCAAGCAGUGUUUAUUACUUAAUGUAUAACUUUUAAUUCAACUACUUUUUAAAUGUAUAGGAUAUCUUUAAGGGGGGUGUUGCAUAAAAAAAAGAGAAAGGAAGAAAGAAAGAAAACACAUUUCAGUUUUGUUUGUUUGUUUUUUUUUACCAAAAAGUUUUGGGAUGUUCCAUAGCGGGAAUCUUGGAGUGCUUUUAUUUAGACUGAACGGUUAAAGAUGUACAUUUCACGUCACUGUUUGAGGGGAGAAAAGAGCGUGUGAAAUCCAGGAGCAGUUUGAGAACAGAAUUAAUUUAUUGUUGUUUGUCCUUUGAGACGACUAACCAUCUUCACAACCUUGUGCAUUAACUCAA